CUGUCCAGCUCACCCAGAACUUCCGGGAAUCCGGUCUUUCACAAGCUCCGCACCGGCCAGAGCUACCACUGCCCGGCGGCUGGCCGUCCUUCAUCUUCCCCCGGCACCGGCGGCUUCGCGGUGUCGCCGGGGAUGUCGAGCUUGGAAAGUCCAGGUGUCGAGAGCUCCGGUUAUUCGCCCAGCGAGACUUCCUGGCAUGUGAAAUCCCACCAGGACUAUGAAGCUCCUCGUCGCUCAGUCUACGGGAACCAGUAUGCUGAGCCAGAGGGGCGUGACCGAAUGUACAAGUCCAGUUUGCCCUUUGAUUCUGGCCCAAAGGUGGGCCCACUGGAUCGAUCCCCGAUGGGAGCGCCAGUCUUGGCGCCUUCCUCGAAGAGCUCCGUCUUGGCGGAGCUGGGCACGGGCAAUGCGACGAACCCGGAGGACAACCACCGCCGUGGACGGUCCGACAUGAAAUCGCAUUUGCGGAGCGACUGGUGCCCGAAGACCACUCAAGUGUUGGAGGAGAAGAUGGAGGCCUCCUGGGUGAAGCGCCCCACCGUGAAGGCGGCACCGAAGGCUGGUUGGAGCAAAGUCUCACCGCCCAAGCAGGCGCGGCCGAACGCCACGCGCUGGCGAACGUGCGGGUUCCGCGGCGGGGAACCCGUGGAGGGUGAGAGAGUUUGGAAGGAUAGGUCUUAUGGCCCAAGGGUGAAGGGAGAAUGAUUGUGUGGACGUUUUCGGUCAAGCAAUGAGAAGUAGACAGGCUCAGGGCUUGCGUCUUGGAGCGAAAACUGUGGAGUGAGAAGCACCUGGCGCCUGGUUUGAUGUUUGUGCCGUGGGCUCUACGGUACGACCCUGGGCGGCUGGGGAAGUGCCGGGCACGACCCUUGGGCAAGCCGACCCAGAAGUGUGCGCUAAGUAUGGAAUUGUGUGUUGAUUUUGAUCCCAAAGAAGUGCAAUAGUCUCUCUACUUAGCACACUGCAUCAUACUCUUUGCAAAGUAAAGUCAACUCAGAAUGAAUGUGCAGC